AUGGUAGACAAUGUGUGGCAUGUUGUAACCCAGUCUCCUUCUCUUGCAGAGCAGCCCAGCAAGGCGAACCUCGAGGGAUCCGGCACAGUGGCGGUGCUGGCCUGCCCCAAGAACCAUAAACCCACCUUCACACAGGGCCUGAAAUGUAGGUCUGUGUUGGAGGGGGACCCUGCAUUCUUCCAGUGCAAGCUGGUGGCAUGCCCGGCACCCCAAAUGUCCUGGUUUCACAACAACCGUCCGGUCCUCCAGGACUGCCGCAAAGUGAUUCGCACUGAGAGUGAGGAGCACACACACCAUUCCCGCCUGGAGGUGUGGGAUGUGAGGGAGCAUGAUGCUGGCAGUUACAGGGUAUUUGCCAUUAACAGCGAGGGCUCAGCUGAGUCCACUGCCUCACUGCUGGUGGCACGCAGUAGGGAGCAGCAGGGCUUAGGUUUCACGGGGAAAGCAGAGUGGAUGCAGCAGAGCUGGGAGUGCCUGCUGCAGCAGCGGCAGGAGGACCGUCUGCGGGUAGUGCUCCGCUGCACUGGCUCACCCUUUGACAAGGGCCAGGAGGCUGAGCUGUUCCCUGGGGACCGCUCACCAGCCCGGGGCAUGGUGCGAACCAUCCGUUUCCAGAGUCUGCCACUGGUGGGGUCUCGCCAUCCAGAGCUGGCAUGUGGUAGGGAGCGUAGUGGCAGAGUGGUUGAUGCUGAGGAGUUACUGGAUGAGGAGAUCCGUUGGAAGCUGCAAAGGCUGCGGGAGGCAAAGAGGGCAGCACUGAAAAAGAAGCAGGAUUCCCUCAUGUCCAUGUCCCAGGAGGGCUCUCCAGAGAAGCCCAGCCCACCUAAGGUGGCUGCCACGAUGGAUGGCUCAGAGCCCUUCACGGUGCAGGUAGUGAAGGGGUACUUCAGGCCCAAGGCUGUGAGAGAGAGAUGCCAGAUGCCAGAAAUCAAAAUCACUGCCCCAACUCCAACACCAGAGCAAGACACAGAGAUGAGGGAGACCACACAACUCUCUCCAGACCAGGCUGCCCCCACCAUAAAGCACAAAUUCAAGUUUUCAUUUGAUAUGGGAAAUGAGCCACCCCAAAUUGUGGUAGGAGUUCCAGCACACAUUCAUUGCAAUGAAGGAGAAGAAGUGGUGUUGGAGUGUGCUGUGUCUGGGCAACCCCCACCAGGUGUGGCCUGGUCCCUGAAUGGCCAGAGCCUCUCUGCCAGUGAGAGGCUGAGGUUUGAAGAAGGCAAGAAUGGAAUGCACCGCUUACACAUUCAAGGUGUCUCUGUUGCAGAUGCUGGGCAGUAUUGUUGUGUGGCCACAAAUGUGGCUGGAACAGCACAGACUGCCUCUGAGCUGACAGUGCAGCCCAGAGCACCCAGGUUGUAUAGCAAGGAUGGAGAAUCUGAGGAACUGCCUGCCAUGGACCAUGUUCUUCACCUCCAAGGCCUCAGCAUACCAAGGAAAGGUGAAAAGGAGCAGAUUACAUGCCCCAAGGAGGAGGAAGCCCACCUACCUUGGUUCCUGAGGCUGUCUCCAUCUCCUGGUGAGCAGCUAGAAGACUGUGAGAAAACUCACUUCGGGGAAAGUGAGAUGGAGGAAACAAUGGUUCUGGAUAUCACAGAAGUUUAUGCAAGGCAAGAAAUGGAUUAUACAGAUGAAAGUGUGAGGAAUAAGGAUGGUAUUUCUGAGAUGAGGCAGUACAGGGGGAAAGCUGUCUCUGAGGAAAACAACUUUGGAACAGAUACCACUGAGCUGCACCUUAGCAUAUCCAGGGAAGGGCAUGAACUGGUGGCAAAGGACUCAGGUCACUUUUCAGAGGAUCUGGAGCCUGAAGAGCACAAGGUGCUACCACAUACAGAAACUCUGUCCUGGGGCAUCUUGAAGUCAUCAUUUAUAGAAGUGCAAGGGAAAAUACAUGCCUCUGAGCAGUCUACUCUCUCAAGGAAGUGUGAGGAUUCACAGGUUUUUGUUCCUGUAUCACCUGUGGUGCAAGAGAGAAGUGAUGUUCACAUAGAGGAGAGUGAUGCCCCUGUCUGGGCAGCAAUAACUCCUGAUGUUCCUCUUGCAGACGAGCCAAGUUUGCCCCACCUGCAGGACCACAUUGCAAGCACACCCACAAAACAGCAGUUUGGCUUUUAUGACUUCUCUCCAGCAGAAGAGCAGGAGGAACAGGAAAAGGGGCAAGAGGGAUUAGCUGAUGUUGAACAGGACAUUGAGGUUGAUGAUCAGCUUUGUAAAGAAGAAAUUAUUGAUGCUGGUGACACCACACACUGGAAAAAGAAAAAUGAUAGACAAAUGCUGCAAGAAAUGGAGUCUGAUGCAGGCUGCUCUUCUUUGGAUCUAAUCCUCACUCCUUCUGGCAUAGAAAACUCCGGUCAGGUUUUCACUGAGGGAGCUGAGGUUCACCUGGAAGAAGUGCAUUUCAGAGAGCAGUUAUUGCCAUCUGAGACUGAUGAGACCAGUAUCACAUUUGACCUGAAGAAGUUUGUGGAGCCUUUCCCAGCUGCAGAGGCUGUGUAUACAGAACAGGCACAGACUCCCACAGCUCUGGAGAGCGUGGAGGUGAGAGUGACUGGGCUCAUCUCUCCAGUGCACCAACAUGAUGUGCUUGUGGAAGAGGUGUCCGUGAGUGAGGAGCUGCGUAAGAGCUACAGGAUGCAGCAGGAGGAGGUCAAUGCCCGAGAAGAGGCACAGCUAAUAGAAAUCAGAAGGGCAGAUUUGCAAAUCCCUAAUGGGGACCUUGGCAGUGUCAUGUUAUCUGCUGAAGAGAGACCUUCUGUUGAAUUAAUACAUGAUUCAGAGAUGAGUGUCUGCGGGGAGGACUCACUUAAGGAACAAAUUCAUAGUUUUUUGGUGGAGACCACAGCAGAUUUCCAAAGAGGAGUGCAGGAAACACAGGUUUGGGAGAGUGGGGAACAACCAGAGACCACAGACUCCCAGAGUGAUAGCUUCAUCAUGGACUUGAAAAAAGCUGCGCAUGAAAAGAAAUCCCAGGGUGGGAAUCAGGCUGAGGAAGAUAGUGGUUCUGGGAUGGAAAAGGUCUUUGAGACAGGAAUGAGCAACUUCACCUGUGAGAUAGAAAGCACAGAUUCCCCUGAGGAGAUGCUCGAGGACACCCAGCAGGAACCAAACAUAACCAAGGACUUCUCUUUUGGGCAACUCCUACUUGGUUCAGUAAUGGAUGAUCCCAUGACACAGAAAGAGCAAAGCAAGGAGUCUUUGGGCAAGAAGAGGACUCUCAUUGAGGAAGCCUCAGAGAAUAGUCUGGAUGGAGAAGGACUGUGGGAGAAUAUUUCUGCAGGUCCAGAGUCCAGUGCUGUUCAAGUCUCAGAGCUGGAUCCUGAUUUGUCCCUGGCCAAUUAUUUAAGGUCCACUGGUAUGCACGAAACUCCAGAUCUCAAAGGGACAGUUCAGAAAGAGCAGGAAGAGACCAUCACUUCACUGGAAGUGGAGGAGGUUACCUUCAGCAUGGUUUAUGACUAUUACAACAACCAUCAGGAACUUGCCCGGCCCUUCUCUCCUGAGUCAGAAAUGUCUAUAGAGCUGGAGACUGGGAGCAGAGAGGAGUCACCUGAUUCAGACCGCUUCUACACACCUCCCUCCUCAGUGGAAAUCUUUGAAACUGCUUCCUCAGCAUCUUACCACACACCACUCAGCACACCUGAGUGCUACUCCACACCAUCUGAGGGCUCAGGGUACAGCACGCCACCUGAACGCUACUCAACACCAUCUGAAGGCUCAGGGUACAGAACACCACCUGAAUGCUACUCAACACCAUCUGAAGGCUCAGAGUACAGCAUGCCACCUGAAUGCUACACCAUACCAUCUGAAGGCUCAGUAUACAGCAUGGCUCCUGAACAGUACUACACACCCUCCAAGGGUUCAAAAUGCAACACACCUGCAGAGUGCUACUUCACACUCUUUGAGGGACCCUACUCUGCAUCAGGGGACACCACACCACCAGAGCACUACUGGACACCCACUGGGGAGUAUAUGGAUGCGCUGACCAUGCUCCCCCUUAGUGAGAGGAGGCAUCAGCCUCCAGACCAGCCCCAGGCUGAUGUGUUUAGGAUGCCCUGUGAAGCCCUGGAGCCAUCAGGCAGGGAGAUCCCACCUGCAUUCCUCAAGGCAUUGAGCAGGAGGAGGUUGUGUGAGGGCAGCACACUGAGAUUUGUGGCUGAGGUGGUGGGUGUGCCCAAGCCAGGGGUGAAGUGGUAUCAUAAUAAGUCCCUAUUGGAGCUUGAUGAGAGAGUGCGAGUAGAGAAGGAUGGAGACAAAUACAUUCUGGAGAUCACUAAUGUCCGACAAGCUGAUGCAGGACAGUAUCUGUGCCAUGCAGUGAACAUUGUUGGGGAAGCUAAAAGUAUUGCGCAAGUGGAAGUUUUGCCUGAAAAUGGGCAGUCACUAGCACUGCCACCCCCUGUCACCCACCAGCAUGUUAUACACUUUGACCUGGAGCAAAAUACAUCUUCAAGGUCACCUUCACCACAGGAAAUCCUCCUGGAAGUGGAACUGGAUGAAAAUGAGGUGAAGGAGUUUGAGAAGCAAGUUAAAAUCAUAACCAGUCCUGAGUUUAGCCCAGAUAAGAAGACCAUGGUGGUUUCCCUAGAUGUCCUUCCACUUGCCUUGUUAGAACAAGCAGGCUUGGCUGCAGAGGAGAAUGAGGAUGUAAAAAUUGACUUCCAAAUAACUGAAAUGCCUCCACGCUUUGCAGUGCCCAUUGCAGAUAUCACGGUGACAGAAGGUUUGGAGGCAGUCUUUGAGUGUGUGGUAACAGGUACUCCUGUCCCAGUAGUUCAGUGGUUCAGAGGCAACACCUGUGUGACACCUGCCACAGGAAAGUAUGUUGUGAGUCAGAAGGAGGGACUUCACAGUCUGAAGAUCCAAACUGUAGGUCCUUCUGAUGGUGGUUGGUAUCACUGUCAGGCAACAAAUAGGCUGGGAGAAGCAAUGUGCAAAGGCUCCCUUGUGGUCAUGGCUCAGCAGGGAGCAAAUGCUAAGACAAGUGGUGAGACAGUCAUGGGCUGUGAACCAUACAGGCCACAGAAGUGUGACUUGCUUCUGAGUAAGACCGUGAGCCCAGGUGACCAGUCAGAAAUAGAGCUGGAGUUUGAGUUUGAGCCGCACAGAGAUGACUCAGAAAAAGCAAUCCAACUGCUUGCAGUGGCUCAACAAGAGCAGGAGGUGGAAGGGGAGAAGUGUGUCAACAUUAGUUUUGAUGUGUUUGCAGAGCCAUCCCAAGAGGAACGGGUUGAAUUUAGGGCAGAGGAUUCGGAGAGCUGCAGCUUUGAGUUCCAGGUCACCGAAGCUCCUCCCAGAUUUGUGAGGCUCAUUUCUGACUACAGUACAUUUGUAGGUGCCUCAGCAUGCUUCCAGUGUCUUGUGACUGGUUCCCCCCACCCAAGUGUCUGCUGGUACAAGGAUGGGGUGUUGUUGGAAGGGGAAAGGUACUGUGCACAAGAAGAGCAGGAUGGCUCUCAUAGCCUUACUAUUGAAAACCUGAUGCAAAGUGACAGUGGGCAGUACAAAUACAUCGCUAGGUCUCUUAUUGUCUCUUCUGAGGAAGGAAGAAAUGAAGGCUACGGCAGUGGCCUUCAGUUGCCUGAUAGAGAGAAAACACUUGAAUUUGAGCCUGGAAAACCAGUUUAUUUCAGCAAGGCAAAGAUGAAAAUGGAGGAGGAGGGCAAAGCCCCUGUUUUCCUCAAACAGAUCUCAGAUGGUGAAGUCCGGCAGGGAGAUGUAGCUAGGCUAUCUGUAACUGUUACUGGCAGCCCCACACCCAAAAUCCAGUGGUUUUUCAACAAUGUGAAGCUAACCUCAUCCACAGACUGUAAGUUAGUGUUUGCUGGCAAUGAUCACAGCCUCAUCCUCCCAUACGUGGGUGUGCAGGAUGAUGGUGAGUACACAUGUGUGGCCAGAAAUGUACACGGUGAGACCACUUGCAGUGCCCACCUCCACGUGCAGCAGUGGAUACCAGGGUUUCCUUGCUUUGUCAAGGAGCCAGACAGCAUGCGAUGUGCACCAGGCUUCACCGCAGUCUUUGAGUACACUGUGACAGGAAAGCCGUGCCCGAAUGUGAUGUGGUUCAAAGGGAGUGAGCAGCUCUUCUCUGACUGGCAUCAUUGUGUUGCUCACCACCCUGAUGGCUCAGGCUCCUUGACAGUGUGGGAUUGCAUGGAGGAGGACACAGGGCUCUACACGUGCAGGGCGGUGAGUGCCCUGGGUGAGGCCACAUGCACUGCUGAGCUCCUCGUGCUGCCUGAGGAGCAUGCUGUGUGCAGGCAGAGCCCAGCCUUGCAGCAUUCUGCAGUGGCAGAGGACCAAAGCCCCCACUUUUACGAGAAGACUGGUGAGGUUCCUGCCAUGGAAGGAGCACUCAGUUUUGAGACAAUAAGGGAGCCUCCAGCACUCCUUCAGCUCCAGAUGAGCCAGGUGGUGCACAUGCUGCCCAGGGAGGAUGUCUUGCCUGGCCUGCCACGAAUCUGUCUGGCUGUGCAGAGUGUUGAAGAGAUGCUCACCCAGGUGGCCACAACACAAGAGUGCAGUGGGCUUCUGGCAGAGUCCCUGCAAACCCUUGCUGCUGGCCCCCAGGGCAUAGUGCCUGCAGCAGCAAAGGAGACACAACUGCCAGGCUGCCUUGGGACUGUAGCUGCAGAUAUACACUUGUCCAAAGAGAAAAUCAUCCCCAAGGCAGCAGAGCAAUUGGCUGCUCUGAGGACAGAGGCUGCCCCAGCCCUUCUACAAGUGUCAAGCACCAUGAAGAGCUCUACCAUAGACAGUGACCAAAUCCAGGUCCUUGAGGGCUUUCAGGCAACACAAGGUGAGCUGAAUGCUGAACCCAGAUUCCCCUCUGAAUUGGCCUUCACUGAGGACCAAACUGUCCCCCUAGAGAACAUUUCUUCCCUGGAAACAGCAGAGGAAGAUUUUGCUGCAAGAGUACAUGAGGGAUGGGCUGUGAGAUUUCCCUUGCUGCUGGAAGAAAACCAGACCCUGGAGAAGGAGCUUAGGCAGUGGAAAAGGGCAGAGAGACAACCCCAUGAAACAAUGUACUCUUACCAGCUGCAGCCAAGCAAAGUCCUCAACAAAGAGAAUCAGCUCACUGCUCUGGUUCCUGGGUGCUGCAACUUAGACAUAAAGUCUCAAAUUAGAAAUGCACUGAUAGCUGCAGUGGUAAGUGAGGAAAACCUCUUGUUUUCAGAAUGGUUGGCUGAUAAAGCAAACAUUCAAGUACAGACAAUAAAUAUCACCAAGGAGAAUAAACAUACCUUGUGCACCUAUGUUGUGACUGCAGGAGGAAGCAGUCCCAUAGAAAUUCCAGUCUCCCUGGGAGAAGUCAGCAUUCAGACAGCUGACCAGAAAAUGGUCUUGAAGGAGGCUUUCUAUUCUCUUCUUUGUGAGGAUAAACAUCUCUUGACAGAUGAAAAAUCCAAAGCAUUGCCAGUCUAUCCCAGUCUGCUUCUCUCAGGAAAAUCCUGUGAUGAAACCUUUGAGCUGGAGCCCCAGCAGGCCAACAGGACUAUGGAGUCAGAAAUACCACUGGAGCAACCUUUGUCUGCACAACUAAUCAACACUGUGACUGGGCAUGGUCAAAUCAAGGAUGUGGAUGCACCUGCAGCCACUACUGAUGUAGCCUCCACAGGUCUUCCCAUUGAGAUGCCCACAGAAAUACUGAAAAGAAUGGAGAAAAGGGAAGAAAUAUGUGAGGAAGAGGGCAGAGAGGGUCUGGAAACUAGAGCUGGGAAGGUAGAGGAUGAAUUGGUCAAAGAGAGUUAUCCCAUCAUACACAGCAAACUGGUUGACACUGUUGUGGAGGAAGAGGAGAGUGUCAGACUGGUGUCUGUCAUAACAAAUGUCAGAGAGGUGAACUGGUACUUUGAGGGUAAACUGGUAUCUUCAGGCAACAAAUUCAAGUGUUUGCAAGAUCAGGACACGUACACACUAGUAAUAAGCAAAGUGUACGGGGAGAUUCACCAAGGAGAGUACACGUGUGAGGCACUGAAUCAAGGUGGAAAAAGAGCAUCAGCAGCAAAACUCACAGUUGUUAAAAGAGGUUGGAUUAUGGGAAUAAAAUACUGCCUUUUUAAUACACUGCUUUACUAA